UGCAAACACUUAAGUAAACAGCUCCUCUCCCUCACCCCCACCUUCUCACAGUCAAUCUGGUAGUAGGGGAUGCUAUUAUUUUACGGCAGGUGGUCAGAGAGAGCCUCUCUGAAGAGGUGACAUUUGAUCAGAGGAAGUGAGGAGAGGUCAUGUAGGCAUCUUAAGGAAAUGUGUCCAGGUAGAAGGAACUGCCCUUGCAAAGGUCUUGUGGUAGGAGCUUGCUUACCAGUCAGGAAAUACAUGUGGAAGGAUCUGGGAGCAGUGUGGCAGUGGGAGAGUGGCUUGGCCUCUUUGAAUCUCGAGUUCCCUUACCUAUAAAGUGGGCCUAAGAGUUUUCACCAAGAGGGUGGUGGUGAGGAUUAAAUGAGAUUGUGCCUGGCACAGUGCCUGCCGUGGAGUGAGCCCUCCAGAAACAGAAGCCAUUAGGAACAACAGCUGCUUCCUCUUUUCCGGAGGGGGCAGCUAGGUCAGCAGGGAGAUGGCAGAGCCGGGCUGCUAAGGUAGGCAGGUGCAGGGGGAAGGGCUUGUGACUCUUUCCCAGAGACUCACAGGUACAGAGGUGUAUGUGUGUGUUCUGACAGUCACGAAGGUUUUAGGGGAGUUUUAAGGUUGGGAAAAAGCAGGGCUUUUCUUUCAUGACUAGCCUAGACCCUUUGGAAAACUUCUCUACAAGAUGCCAUCUUUUCAUUUAGACGGGAAACCUAGGGGCUGGGGCCUGGGAAACGCCAGAGGGGAGCUGAGGGUACUGCACACCAAGCAGCCAGUGAUAGUGAAGUCUCCGGGGGUGUGGGCCUCGGGAUGGCAUCAACCCCCUCUCUCUGUCUCUACUCUCAUCCACCCGGCAGAGACACAGAGACAGAAUCAAUACAGACAUCGAGAAAGAAAAACAGUGGUCCAGAGAUGUGGGACAGAAACAGGGACACAGAAAUGGAGAUAUACUAGAGGAGACAUGGGGGCAGAGAGAGAGAGACACAGGCAGUGUUACAGGCAGAUUCAUGGAGCCAGACAAAGGGUGAGACAGCAAAAGAUUAAGCGACGCAGAGGGACGGACAUAGAGCAACCUAGAGACAGAGCAUCAGAUACAAAGACACAGACCCAGAUUUGUUCAGACAGAACAGACCCAGAAAGGGCCGCCCUCUAGGGAGACCCCCAGUUUGUCCUAUCGGGGGGUGCGCCAACUAUUCCUCCACUCCGCCCCCGUCGUGCCUGGGCCGUGACUUCAGAGCCCGCGACUUCAGAGCCCGCGCGGAUUCUAUAAAUGGCCAAGCGGCCGCAGACCGGGAGGCGGGGCCGAGUGAGUCAACGUGCGCGUCACCACCACCGGGUCCCCGCCAGGUCCCACCCCCCAUCUUGGGCCGCCAGGGGGCGCGGGCCGCGAGCUCCUCAGGGGCGCGGGUCCUCACAUGCGCAGUAGCGACCUGUGGCCCGCCGAGGACCGUUCAGCGAGGGCAGAAUACCGGGAUCGGCGCGUUCGAAUCCUGGCUCUGACACCCUCAUGCUGUGUGAUCCCUGGCAGUCGGCUUCUCCUCUUUGUGCCUCAUAUCGACCCCACCUCAUAAGGUUGCUGUGAUGAAUAAGUGAACAGAUCCACUGCACUUAGUACAUAGCAGGAGUUAAUUGUUAGCUCAUUUAUGUAUUUGAGUGUCCCUUCAACAUAUUACACGUCAGACUUUGUCCAUGGUUGCCUUAGCCCAGUCGGUCUCAAAUGGGGGUGAUCUGCCCCCCGCCUCUGAUCAUUUGGCAACAUCAGGAGACAUUUCUGUUUGUCAAGACUAAAGGGGUACUACUGGCAUAUAUUAGUAGGUAGAAACCCUGGGAUGCUGCUUAAAAUCCUACAAUGCCCAGGACAGCGCCUCUACAACACAGAAUUAUUUAGCCCCGAUGUCAACAGUGCUGAGGUUGAGAAACCUGUCUUUGCCUCUUAGCAUUAGGGGCAGGGACCUGGGUUCAGAUUCUGCUCUGCCACUGGCAAGCAGUGUGACACCGGGGCAGUGAUUCCACACUCCCAUGCCCGUUUUCCCAUCUUUAGAUUGUGUGUAAUAAUAGCGUCCACUUCUGAGGGUGUUGUGAAGAUUGAUUGAUACGUGUACAGCGCUCUCGGAACAGGGCCUGAUAUAAGGGCUGCUGUGAUAUUAGCAUAUCACAGCGGUGCCCUUAGUACAUGGCCAGCAAAUUGCAUGUCCUUAACAUAUUAGUGUAUGGCAGUUGUUGACAUGUCAUCCAAGUGUCACCAAUGUUCUUGACAUAUGUGGCAUAAUGGAGGCAUGUCAUCCACCCCAGUGAUCCAGAGGUGAGAUCUAGCCAGGGCCUGGAACCUGUUAACACAGUUAACACAAGGCUCAGGCAACCCUUGGGUAGUUGGAGAGGUGAGAUCCAGGAUCUCUGCUCCCCCAAGAUCUUAUGAGGGGCUGGAGGGGACAGAAAUGGGAACCAGAUUCUCAGCAGAAAUACUGCUAUUCCCUGAGUCUUACCCUGGGCCCGGCACUGGGAAGGCAAUUCGGAAGCCUUUUUUCUUCUGAUCCUCACAACGCCCUCAUGAAGCAGGAACUAUCAUUAGCCCAUUUUACAGAUGUGGCUGGCAACAGAGGCUCAGAGAGAAGGGCCUUACCUGCAGUUAUGGUCUGUUAUGUCUGGAGUUAAACCUAAGGUGGUGCUUGCUAUGUUACCACGUGUGGCUCUCCUGCCUCAGGUUGGAAAGAGACAUGGAGAGAUGGCAUCAGAGACACAGAUAGCCUCAGAGACAGACACAAAGAGACUAGGAGACCCAGCCAGGGCUCAAUGAACAGUGGGGGGUGGGGAGGAGUGAGGAUAGGUUGGUCUCUGUCUGGCUAAGCACCCCCUCAAAGAAUAACCCAGGCUGCCCCUCUAGGUGGAAACAAUGACACAAUCAGCUCCCAAUACCAAGGCCCUGACAUCACAAGGGGGCGGGUGGCCGAGGUGGGGGUGUCCCGCCCCUUGGCAGGCCCCUGUAGCCAAUGGGAUGGCCUUGGAAGAGGCCCGGGCCGCCUCCAGAGCUUCAAAAACGUGUGAGGAGGUAAGAGGGUAGAGAGAGCCUCGGCUGCCGCCACGGUCUUCAGCGCCACCGUCACCACUGCCCACCGCCGGCCAGCAUGUCCUCUGCUCACUUCAACCGAGGCCCCGCCUACGGGCUGUCAGCCGAGGUCAAGAACAAGCUGGCUCAGAAGUACGACCUCCAGCGGGAGCAGGAGCUUCGAGAGUGGAUCGAGGGGGUGACAGGACGUCGCAUAGGCAACAACUUCAUGGAUGGCCUUAAAGAUGGCAUCAUUCUUUGCGAGUUCAUCAAUAAGCUCCAGCCAGGCUCCGUGAAGAAGAUCAAUGAGUCGACCCAAAAUUGGCACCAGCUGGAGAAUAUAGGCAACUUCAUCAAGGCCAUCACCAAGUAUGGGGUGAAGCCCCAUGACAUCUUUGAGGCCAAUGACCUGUUCGAGAACACCAACCACACCCAGGUGCAGUCCACCCUCCUGGCCCUGGCCAGCAUGGCCAAGACGAAAGGGAACAAGGUGAACGUGGGGGUGAAGUACGCAGAGAAGCAGGAACGGAAAUUUGAGCCUGAAAAGCUACGAGAAGGGCGGAACAUCAUUGGGCUGCAGAUGGGCACCAACAAGUUUGCCAGCCAGCAGGGCAUGACGGCCUACGGCACCCGGCGCCACCUCUAUGACCCCAAGCUGGGCACAGACCAGCCCCUGGACCAGGCCACCAUCAGCCUGCAGAUGGGCACCAAUAAGGGAGCCAGCCAGGCUGGCAUGACGGCACCCGGGACCAAGCGGCAGAUCUUCGAGCCAGGGCUGGGCAUGGAGCACUGUGACACACUCAACAUCAGCCUGCAGAUGGGCAGCAACAAGGGGGCCUCGCAGCGGGGCAUGACGGUGUAUGGGCUGCCACGCCAAGUCUACGACCCCAAGUACUGCCUGACGCCGGAGUACCAGGAGCUGGGCGAGCCCGCCCACAACCACCACCCACACAACUACUACAACUCUGCCUAGGGCCCUGGGCCCUCUGCCUUCCCCCCCGGGAGGCCGGCUGCUGCUCUCAGCAGGGCCCAGCCCGGCCCUGCUGACCCCUGCCCCCUGCAUGGCGCCCUCCAGCCCCCUGGCACCUGCCUACAGGGUUAGCAUUUGGGGGUAGCAAACUGGGAGUCUGGUGGGGGGGGGAAGGGGACCCUUCUCCCUGGAGCACUGCAGGGUCCAACAUCGAUCAAGCUGGGUGUUCCCAACAGCACCCAAAGGACGCACUGAGCAAAGCUACCCCAGCUGUCCCCCAACUCCCUCACAGGUGGGUUCCCCCAGGGCAAGAAGCCCCCCCAAGCAAAGCCCCCAGAGCCCAGGCUCUGCCCGCCCCCACCCCAUUCCCGCAGUGGGAGCCAACUGCAUGCCCAGAGACCCAGCGGACACACGCGGUUUGGUUUGCAGCGACUGGCAUAUGUGGAUGUGACAGCGGCGUUUGUAACGUGAGCACUUUCUUUUUCUAUUUCACUGGAGCACAAUAAAUGGCUGUAAAAUCUGA